AUUUUUUUUAGUCGAAGAUAAAGUUGAUUAUAUUGAUGAAAACAGUUUGUGGAUUAAUCAUAAUACGAAUUGGAAUGAUUACAAUUUAUUUGAAUUGUUUACGAAUCUUAAGAUUAUAGAUACUGCGACCUAUGGUUACAAUUCGUCUUUAAAUGUACCAGAAAUUAUCAAAAUUAAUCCACAAAUAAAGGGAUUGAUUGGACAUUUUAAUUUAUUAAUAAGAAGAGAAGAUUAUGACUUGUCAAAUAUCGAAAUGUUCGCUUCAGAGUUUUGUUUCGAUUAUAAAGAAAUUUUUCGACCUGAUCAGUUGAAACAAGUUUGUUGCUACUAUUUUGAUAUGAAAAGUCUGCCUUCAUUCAUUGAAUAUUUUCCUAAUUUGAAGCGACUCAACUUGCAACUCAUUAAUGCGGACCAAGUUUUAUACAAUGGACCGCAUUUGUCUUCGUUAAAGAUUCUUGAACUUUGUACAAGCGAUUUUGUUGAACAAUUCACCGGAUUUCAUUUGAUGGAUUUUUGUCCCUCUUUGGAAAGCGCUUUCUUCAAUUGUUGGUCAUCUGAUAUUCAUGUAGAUGAAUCGAUAAAGAAUUACAAUCUGAGAGAUUUGGUUAUCGAAAGUCGUUCUGGUUUUCUUUUUGUGGUUCUCGAUAAUAUUCGUUCUGGUAGUUUUUCGUGGCCACUACUUAAAAAACUGGUGUCUAAAUUUCCUAAUUUACAACAUCUAGCAUUUAGAUAUAUUGAUGAGCUUGAUGAUAAUAAUGCAGAAGAAUUGAUAAAAUUAUUACCAAAGUUGAAAAUAUUGGACUUGAGAGGAUGUAAGAAAGUGACACACAAAUCAGCUGAUUUUCUGUCCAAAUAUUGUGUCAAAGAGAAUCGAUCAAUUGUAUUAUAUUACGACUGUGAAAACGAACCACCCGAAUGGCCUAAAUUGGUAAAUACUUGCGAACCAAUUUGCUAUGGAUUGGAUUUCAUGAAACGUUGUUUCUACAAAAAAUUCAGUUCUCUUCCAGAUCUCAUUGAUGAUAUGUCAUUUAACGAUUUACCUGAUAAUUGUCUUUGGAAAAUCUUUGAAAAUGUCCAUGAGGCAAAAGAUUUGAUUCGAUGGUCUCAAGUUUGUUCGAGAUGGUCCGAUUUAAUUAAGCUGAGAUUUAAUCGAGUAAAAUAUCUUCAAAUGAUGGAUUUUUUUAGUAAUAGUAGCAAAGAUAAAGUUGAUUAUAUUGAUGGAAACAGUUUGUGGAUUAAUCAUAAUACGAAUUGGGAUGAUUACAAUUUAUUCGAAUUAUUUCCAAAUCUUAAGAUUAUAGAUAUUGCGGUUUUAUUGGAAACUGCAUCUUUGUUAGAUAUUGUCAGAAAUAAUCCACGAAUAAAGGGAUUAAUCGCAGUUUUGGAUUAUAUCUAUGACGAUUUUAUCUUAGCAAAUAUCGAAAUGAUCGCUGCAGCUUGUGAUUUCGAUUAUGAAGCAGUUUUUCGACCUGACCAGUUGAAACAGGUUAGCAGCGACUUUAUUGGUAUUAAUCAUCUUCAUUCGUUUAUUGAAUAUUUUCAGAAUUUGAAGCGACUCCACUUAAACCUCUAUGCAGUGUACGGAGAAUUUUACAAUGGACCGACUUUGUCUUCGUUAAAGAUUCUUGAACUUGAUUCUACCUGGUUGGUUGAAAAAUUCACCGGAUUUCAUUUUAUAGAUUUUUGUCCAUCUUUGGAAAGCGCUUUCAUCAAUUGUUGGGCAGAGGAUAUUUAUGUAAAUGAAUCGAUAAAGAAUUACAAUCUAAGAGAUUUGGUCAUCGAGAAUAUUCGUUCUGGUAGUUUUUCUUGGCCACUACUUAAAAAACUGGUGUCUAAAUUUCCUAAUUUACAUCAUCUAGCAAUCAGAAAUUUUGAUAAGCUCGAUGAUAGUAAAUUUCAUUUAGAUGAAUUGAUAAAAUUAUUACCAAAGUUGAAGUUAUUGGACUUGAGAAGAUUUAAGAAAGAGACGCAUAAAUCAGCUGAUUUUCUGUCCAAAUAUUGUGUCAAAAAGAAUCGAUCAAUCGUAAUUUAUUACGAUUGUGAAAACGAACCCGCCGAAUGGCCUAAAUUGGUAAAUACUCGUGAACCAAUUUGUUAUGGAUUCGAUUUCAUGAAACAUUGUUUCUACAAAAAUUUCAGGUGUCUGCCAUAUCUCAUUGAUGAAUGAAAUGACUUAUUUGAAUCAAUCGCAAAUCCAAACAUAUCAUAAGGUUGAUUAUUCACUAUACGAAUACUUUUAUUAUCGCAAUUAAACUGAUUGGAAACAGUUGAUAAGAUUUAUUUAUUUAUUUUCGAUUUUAUGAUAUAAAUUGAUCAGAUUUAAUCACAAUUUAAAUGACACAAAAAUUGUUGAUUGCUUAGCACAAUUUAAUAUCCAACUUUGUAAAUGGCAAAAUCCAAACAAUAAUUAAAGCACAAUUGAAAAUGAUAAAUUAUCAUUGAUAAUUAUCCUUUAUCUCUUCAAUUAAAAUCUUUAAAAUCAACAUUAAUCACAAUCAAGAUGAGCGCCAUUAAAGUUACCCUUUCCCGUCAACGGAGGCAUAAAGCACAAGAAACUAUCAGCUGGUUUUUAGAGGGAACCGAUUUAAACUUUAAAUUUUUGUUUACCUUUUUAAAUUGAUCUCAAG